AUGAGGGACGCUCUAAAAGAGGAUCUAUCUGAAAGCGAUUAUUUCAAGCUCUGCCAUGACAUCAUCGAUGACCAUGGCUGGCAGCAAUUCUUUAGUGGGGACGAUGGUAAACAGCAGCUGUUCCGUGUCCCCAUUGCCUCGUUAGAGCCUCGGGCUCUGCGAGAAGAAGUGGAACGUACAGUACGUUUCCAGGCUCGAGCUGCAAAGUCCGACGAGGUUAUCCUCCAUGACCUAGUGUUGGAAAAGGCGCUCGACCGAGAAAAAAACUACCAGAACCAACGACGCGCCAAGCGCGAUCGGAGUGAUGGUAAUUCGGGACGUGCACCAAAGCGCGGACCGAGUAAAUCUUCUACCAAGAAACCCCGCCUAACCACUGAGCGGAGCACCUCGAGCUCCAAACCACCUACGAAGAAGACAUCUUCGGAACGAGCUAAAGUGCCACCCACUCCUUGUCCACAUUGUGAUGAGAUGCACUGGUUGUCAGAGUGCUCAACAGCCUCUGAUGAUCAGAAAGCCGAAAUCCGUCGUAAGCUCCGUGAACAAAGAGCUAACGACGGAAAUAAAGGUGUGGUGGCAAGAAUGAAGCGACUUCGUGAGUGUAUCCCAUCUCAAGAGAAGACUGUUCUUUUGAACGAAGAGCUUGCUGUUCCGUACUGUGCGGACACUGGUGCGGACAGGACCGCCAUAAGCAAGCAACACGUGACCCAACUACUUCGUAGCGACACAUCUAUUAAGGUGACUCCACUCGAUACUCCAACAGUGCAUGUGGCUGUAGGCGACCAUGAGGUCAUUUCCACGCACUUCGUGCGACUUCGGCUGCGACUCAACACUGCUGCCGGACCAGUCGGCUUGCAGAAACCUGUUUUUUUUAUUGUCUGA